AUAUUCGAACACCUUUAACGGGGUAGUUUGAAACGAGGGGGCUUAAAUUGUCAAAACAAAUUAGUAUUUUUAAUUCAGUUCACAAAAUGCAUAACAGUUAUAGCAGGUUUUACAUGUUUUAAUACUUAAAUAUAAUAAGAUUUUGAUUCUAGAUUUACAUCGCAUCACCAGGAAAUCGUUAAAUAUGUUAUUUAAACGUGUACAGUAUACUUUAUUAAUCAAUCGAUCAUACCAUAAUGCAGUAGUUCUUUAAAUUAAUACAAACCCUAGCUUACAGCUGGAAAGAAGGUAACUGUUUACGUCUGUAACUGACUAGUUCAACAACUGUCGUUAUUACUACGAUGGUGGUGGAAGUGGAGAGCUUUUACGGAGUGUAUAUGCUGUAUUGUACUAACCCUAAAUUUAAGGGUCGAAUAUACAUCGGCUUUACUGUGAACCCAGAGCGCCGCAUCGGUCAACACAACGCCGGGCGACACAAAGGAGGAGCCAAGAGAACGAGUGGCAGAGGACCAUGGGAGAUGGUUCUUAUCAUACACGGCUUUCCAUCUGAUAUUGCAGCGCUUCGGUUUGAGUGGGCGUGGCAGCAUCCGCACAUCUCUCGUCGACUGUCCCAUGUUACCCGACGCAGCCGUAAAGAGUCCAGUUUGCAGUUUCACUGGCGUGUGGUGUCAAACAUGCUACGGGUCGCACCAUGGAGUCGACUCCCACUCACUGUGCGCUGGCUGAAGCAGGAGUAUCGUAUGGACUUUGCCCCUGAGCUGCAACCUCCUUUGCACAUCCCUCUGGCUUUUGGUUGUGUUCGUGCUAAAAGGAAACCACAGCAGGAGUGCAAGGAGCAAGAGGAGAGACAGGUGGAGUGGUGUGCAUUGUGUAAGGAGCUUGUUAAGUCUGAAGAUAGGCUGUCUUGUUGUCACCCUUCCUGUCAAAUCGUUUGCCAUUUGAUAUGUCUGGCCAAACAUUUUCUGAAGUCAGACCCUAACCACCUGCUUCCCGUGGAGGCACAGUGUCCUGGCUGCAAUCAUUCAGUGCUAUGGGGGAGUUUGAUCCGACACAAAAAUGGCUGUUAUGGUGAUUUAGAAGAAAUAACCUCAUCGUCGUCUCAGAAUCAUUGGACAGAUGAACUACAGUUAUGACGACAACUUCAUGCACCGGUUUCAUCAGUAUUUAUUGGAAUGAACUCUUUAACAGACAGAUUAUUAGGGUCAAAGAAAGAAGCUUAUGAAGAUCCUCACAUCUUUUUUGGAAAUAACAAGGGUAUAAAACAUUUAACGCAAGACUACAAUAAUAAAGCUAAACAGAGUAUUUGCACAAAAAGUAUAAUGUUUUUAUAACACAUUUUAAUGCAGUGAUAAAAAAUGAACAUUAUGUAUAAGCUCAGUAAAGACAAGAGUAAUGUCUGAAUAGUAUUUUUGUAAGUAACUGUUUUAAAAUGUUACUGUAAAAUCAUGUGUGGUCAAAUGUAUUGAACAAUAAAUCAGUAAUAUUUU